UAAAAUUACGAAAACCUCACUUUCCCAACCAAAUCCCAAACGCCUUUCAAAAACUACUAUUGCCUUCUUUUCAAGCCAUUUCACAUUCCCAUCUUCCUCAAUUCUUUCUUCCUCCUCCUUAAUCCCACAAAUUCACGCCAACCGAAUCCUAGAUCCGCCACCGUCCCACCCAUAAUGUGCUGCUUUGGGAAGCUCUGCAUGCUCUGCACCUGCCUCAUUCUCGUCGUCGUCGCCAUCGGUUUGCUCUUUGGAUUCGGAGUUUUCAAAGAUGGGUUUCAUAAGAUUAAAGAUAAAGUCGAUUUCUGCGAUGGAGGUCUCUGCGGCGGUGGACGGCCUUUCUUCCCGGCACCUCCGCCUCGGUUCUAGGGUUUCGUUUCUGUGAAUCUUUGUUUUUUUUUUUUUUUUUGUUUUUUUUUUAUUUUAGAUAUAUUAUUUUGGGAUUGGUUUGUUUGUUUGUUGUUUUCGUUGCAUAUAAUAUAUUUCUCCUUUGUUU